AUGCCAGAAAGAUGGUAUUGACCGUGGACUUAUUCCCUAAGAGGCUGCCAUCUGGUGUUAAACCCUGCAUUAAUCAGGAAAUCAAUUCCUGUAAUUAGCAGAUUUACAGCACCAAGCCUUCUUCAAUCAUUAAUUGAUGUCAAUGGGAUACCUAUGUGAACUUGUUUGAGUGAGCCAUGUGUUGUGUGUGUUCCCAGGUAUCCACUGUGACAGUGUGUGUGCCGAGGGCCGCUGGGGGCCAAACUGUUCCCUCCCUUGCAACUGUAAGAAUGGGGCCUCCUGUUCCCCUGACGAGGGCACCUGUGAAUGUGCUCCCGGAUUUCGGGGGAUCACCUGCCAGCGCAGUGAGUAUCCCACACAUUCAUGCAUUCAGUUAUUACAUUACAAUAUCAUUAAAGAUCCCGUGCCCAAUUACUGUGUUAUGCUUAUGGAUUGUAUUCGAUUGGUUUACUAUACAUUUAUGUAUAGAGCUGAUUUAUACAUUGUGUGGUUUAACUAAUUCCAUCCACUAUGUAAUGUAUGAAUAUGUACGUAUCUCAAGUCUAUACUUGUUUCUUAGUUAGAAACCUAACUAAUCUUUCCUGUCCUUCCAGUCUGUUCACCGGGCUACUUUGGCCACCGCUGCAGCCAGGCCUGUCCCCAGUGUGUCCACAGCAAUGGACCCUGCCACCACGUCUCUGGCCAGUGUGACUGCCUCCCGGGGUUCAAGGGGGCCCUCUGUAAUGAAGGUGAGUGUGACACUUAACAGUUACCCUGUAUGACACUCAACCGUUACCCCACAUGACUCAAUCAACAGUUGACCACUCAACCGCAUGAACAGAACAUAGCAUCAAGAGUCACACUACCCUUUGACAAAGUUAAUUGAUUCCUCUCCGGACCGUAAAGGUUGGUGACUCACUUCUGUGUUUUUACCCUCUAUUUCUUUCUUCCUCUCUUCCCCAGUGUGCCCCAGUGGCAGGUUUGGGAAGAACUGUGCAUGGAGCUGCACCUGUACCAAUAACGGCACCUGUAACCCCAUCGAUGGCUCAUGCCAGUGUUACCCCGGCUGGAUUGGCAGUGACUGUUCACAACGUGAGUACUCCCAAAUACACUUUUCACAUAUCGUGCCGAUUCCAGCAAUUAUGGUAGAUGUGUAACCAGGCCAGGUCAUUAAAGCUUUGUUUGGUUGAGUUCAGCUCAGUAAUGUCUUGUAAAAAAAACACUUAUGGCUGACCCUGUCUGUCUGCAUCCCUGGAGGGGUCCGUUAAUCUUGUUUAGUUCAGUCAAUUCAGGAAAUGAGUUGAAAUUCCAUUUUGGAGCGAUUUCUUAUUUUUUCCCUAUUGGGAGUUAAUAGAAUUGACCAGAACUGCCAACUUGUGGCCACUGCUCAUUUCUUUUGUGGAUUUGGUUUGUUUCUUAGGAUUGGUAGAAUAUGUCAGAAUAUGUUGAACAUGUAUAUCCUAUUGUUAGAAUCUGUAUAAUAGUCCAUGCUAAAUGACAUUCUUAAAGCAUUAUUUCCCUGCUCUGAUUGAGAAUGAUUCCAUUUAGCAAAAUAAAUAUUUAACCAACCAGUGUAAUCAUAGGAAAAACGUUUAACACUUACCACUAAUGUCCAUUAAGACGGACGACAGGUGCUACUCACCACGACCCCUGACCCAUGAAUGUGUUUUUAGCGGGACGCGACCCACACUAGAUUUACCUGUCUUUGACACCAGUAGCUAAGGCGCUGACAUACGCUAGCCCCUCAGCCAAGUGAGGAGUCCUCCGUGACCCCUUUUGACCUCUCGUGACCCUUAUUGACCUCUGCAGGACCCCCUAACUUAUCACAGCCUUAAAGGACCCUGGGAUACCCCGCCUGGGCCUCCUCAUCACAGAUGUGGGGCAACAUGCUUUGUGUGCUUCACAUUCUGGAUGUCGAAUAGUAUUGACGCUGGCGUCUCGUGUAGCUCGAUAACAUUUGCCAGCAUAAACUUACCUAAUGGACUUUCCAUUACGAAUUCCUGGGAGACCUUCUGAGGGAGAGAAAAUUGUGUUUAUAAUAGGGUACUAUUUGUGUAAUAGUGUGUCUGACAGCCUGGGGAUUAUUAAUGUAAUAUGGCUCCCUCUGGUGAUAGUUAAUGAUACAACAUGGGUUUUCAUCCCAUAGAAAUAUAAUUAAUUCCAAGACGUUGAAAAUACUUUUUGGUUGAGGAGACGUCUUUUUGGUUGAAAAGACGUUGAAAAUACAUAUUUUCAAUGCCUUGUGCUCACUAGGUAAGGUCCACUGUCUGCUGCUUUUAUCUUCCUGGUGCUUUGUUGCUCACUGGCUCAAAAAUUGUCAUUGGUUAGCCAAAGAUUUCGCACACCUGGUUCCCCAAAUUCUAGAUGAGUUACUGAAUAAAUAUAGACUAAUAGAGAAAUAUUGCUGCUUUCAAUUUCCCUUCUGUACAGUGUGUACUGUAAACAGCUUAAACUAUAACCUUGUUCCCAGGCUAUUGCUUGCUGGGGGACGGGUGAUGAGUAGGAGAUUAUGCUUACUAUAGUUAGAACAGAGCAUAUGAUUCAGUCAUAUUUUUCAUACUGAAUGCAAUAAUUUUUCCAUUAAUCGAUUCACCUCUCACCACUUUUCCUCCUCUCUUCCUGGGCAAGGUAUUCAGGAACACUUGUAAAACACAUGUUGAGGCUAAAAGAAUGGCUCAUAGGGCAAGAUGUCCUGUUUCUGCAGCGCAAGGCAGUUUGAUGUACAAGUACACCCCCUGGACAGGAUGCUAUUUGAGGCUAUCGCCAGGAGGCUAUUGUUGUGAUGUUCUCUCAUACUGUGGUUGUUGUCCUUAUCUUGCAGUCUGUCCUCCUGGUCAGUGGGGGCCCAACUGUAUCCACACAUGUAACUGUCACAACGGGGCCUACUGCAGUGCCUAUGAUGGGGAGUGCAAGUGUACUCCGGGCUGGACAGGCUUGUACUGUACACAACGUAAGUUACACACAAGCACCCACACACAGGCACGGAUGCACGCACUCUCACGCUCACAUUUAUUUGAAGCAUAUGGACAUGCAUCAUCAUCAUCAUCAUCAUCCCAUGCUGUUAAACUAUUUUAAAAUGGACUCAAUCAAAUUUUAUCAAAUGCUGGAGUCUUACUGUAUAUGAAUCCAUUGCAGGCUGUCGAUUGGGCUUCUACGGUAAGGACUGUUCCCAGACCUGUCAGUGUAGGAAUGGAGCCGACUGUGACCACAUCUCUGGCCAGUGUACCUGCCGGACUGGCUUCAUGGGACGCCACUGUGAGCAAAGUGAGUGUACACCACAGGAUUAUGGGUAA